AUGGAAACUGUUCGGUUGCGGCCUCUGUCGGACGACAAUGAGACUACUAGCCCUGAUAAAGAAAACAACGCAGAAGAUUAUGACCCACACCUUCAUCGACAGCUAGAGAAACCCACAAAUGACUUCGAGACUCUCGUGCACUUGCUCAAGUGUAGUCUAGGUACCGGAAUACUUGCAAUGCCGCAGGCGUUCGCCCGCGCGGGCUUGAUUACCGGCAUCAUAUCUACAGUUCUCGUUGGAAUCCUCAUCACACACUGUCUUCAUGUCCUUGUGCGGUCACAAUAUGUUGCCUGUAAAAAGCUUCGAGUACCUUUGCUCUCCUACCCUGCAGCAGCGUCCACUGCGUUCAGUAAUGGACCUCCAUCAUUUCGAAGCUUAGCCAGACCUUGCGCUGUCACCGUCGACGUAUUUCUUGUGGUCUACCAACUGGGAAUAUGCUGCGUGUAUAUUGUUUUUAUUGCUGAUAACAUCAAAAAGGUCUGCGAUCCUCACUAUGAAAUGGCCGUUGAAAUUCACAUGUUGAUCAUACUGGGGCCUUUGAUCGCUUUUAACUUGAUUCCCACCCUCAAACUAUUAGCACCAUUCUCAGCAUUAGCAAAUGUGAUGACCUUGGUGGGCCUUGGGAUUGUGAUCUAUUUUGUAGUCACUGGACAGAAGUCUACAGAGCCAUUGGACCUGUGGGGCUCUGCGGAAACUUUCCCAUUAUUCUUUGGAACCAUAUUGUUCGCGUUAACCGCUGUGGGAGUUGUGAUCGUGUUAGAGAACAAUAUGAAGACUCCUAAGUCGUUCGGGCGUCCAUGCGGAGUACUGAACACCGGCAUGACUUUUAUAGUGCUGCUCUACGUGACAGUCGGUGCAUUGGGCUACGUGUUCUGCGUAUCAAAUUGCAGUGACUCAAUCACACUAGACUUGCCGAAGGGUGAUCCAUUAGCGACUGCUGUGAUAGUGAUGUUUGCGAUAGCGAUCUUCAUUAGCUACGGACUGCACUGCUACGUGCCUGUUGAGGUGCUCUGGAAAGGCUACCUCUUACCAUGGCUUGAAGAAUCCGGGUCAAGACGCCUACGCUUGUGGGAAUAUACGCUCCGUGUUGCGCUUUGCCUUCUUACAUUCAUAUUGGCGGUGACGGUGCCUCGACUUGGAUUGUUCAUCUCGCUGUUUGGCGCACUUUGUUUAUCCGCCCUCGGUAUCUGCUUUCCGGCCAUCAUGGAAGCAUUCCUAGAGUACCCUCGCAAACCACCCAUGCUUCUGGUGAAAGACGCGUUGCUUUUUAUCAUCGGCAUCGUUGGCCUUCUAGCUGGUACCUACACCGCGUUAAUCAGCAUCUGGCGUUCUUUCCAACCUACUCCCGUACUGGCUGUUGAGGUCGAACCUCAUGCGUGA